GCCGAGCCAUGGCCCAGCCGGGCCCCAGCGCCCAGACCGAAGAUGCUCUUCUACAACGGGUAGCAGAAUUGGAAAAGGUCAAUGCAGAAUUUCUGCGCACAAAGCAGCAACUUGAGCAAGAAUUUAAUCAAAAGAGAGCAAAAUUUAAGGAGUUAUACCUGGCUAAGGAAGAGGACCUGAAAAGACAGAAUGCAGUGCUGCAGGCAGCCCAGGAUGACCUGGGCCAGCUGCGGACCCAGCUGAUGGAGGCCCACGCUGAAAUGGAGAACAUCAAGGCCAUAGCCACCGUGUCAGAGACCACCAAGCAGGAGGCCAUCGAUGAGGUCAAGAGGCAGUGGCAAGAAGAAGUGGCUUCCCUCCAGGCCAUCAUGAAAGAGACUGUCCGUGACUAUGAGCUGCAGUAUCACCACAGGAUGGAGCAAGAGCGAGCUCAGUGGAGCCAGUACCGAGAGAACAUGGAGCGGGAAAUUGCAGAGCUGAGGAGGAGACUGUCUGAAGGCCAGGAGGAGGAAAACCUAGAAAAUGAAAUGAAAAAGGCUCAGGAAGAUGCUGAGAAGCUGCGCUCGGUUGUGAUGCCCAUGGAGAAAGAGAUUGCAGCCCUAAAGGAGAAACUGGCAGAAGCUGAAGAAAAAAUAAAAGCAGCAUCAGAGGUUAAAGAACUGAACCAUUAUUUAGAAGCUGAGAAGUCCUGUAGGACAGACUUGGAGAUGUAUGUGGCUGUUCUCAACACACAAAAAUCAGUCCUGCAAGAAGAUGCAGAGAAGUUGAGGAAGGAGCUGCAUGAAGUUUGCCAUCUCCUAGAGCAAGAGAGGCAGCAGCACAACCAGCUGAAACACACAUGGCAGAAAGCCAAUGACCAGUUCCUGGAGUCCCAGAGGCUGCUGAUGAGGGACAUGCAGAGGAUGGAAAUUGUGCUCACCUCAGAGCAGCUCCGGCAGGUGGAAGAGCUGAAAAAAAAGGAUCAGGAAGAAGAUGAUCAGCAAAGGCUUAGCAAGAGAAAGGAAGAGAAGCAAAAAGAUUCAGAUGAUGAAACAAAGGCUUCAUGUUCUCUGGCCCCUGAAGAAACCCUUACCCAGCUCUCUAAUGAAGAGGUGCAUGUGAAUAGCACCCAUGGCUCAGUCCAUUCCCUGGAUGCAGACUUGCUUCUUUCCUCUGGCGAAUCCUUCAAUAAACCAGACACUGAUAUGUUUAAAGAUGGACUUAGGAGAGCACAGUCAACAGACAGUCUGGGCACAUCCGGAUCCUUACAGUCCAAAGCUUUAGGGUACAACAACAAAGCAAAAUCUGCUGGGAACCUGGAUGAGUCAGAUUUUGGACCACUUGUUGGAGCAGAUUCAGUGUCUGAGAACUUUGAUACGGCUUCCCUUGGGUCCCUGCAAAUGCCGAGCGGGUUCAUGUUGACCAAAGAUCAGGAAAAAGCAAUCAAAGCAAUGACACCAGAGCAAGAGGAGACUGCUUCCCUGCUCUCCAGUGUCACCCAGGGGGUGGAAAGUGCUUAUGUGUCCCCCAGCGGGUACCGCCUGGUCAGCGAGACAGAGUGGAACCUGCUGCAGAAGGAGGUGCAGAAUGCAGGGAACAAGCUGGGCAGGCGCUGUGACAUGUGCUCCAAUUAUGAGAAGCAGUUGCAAGGGAUCCAGAUCCAGGAGGCUGAGACCAGAGACCAGGUGAAAAAGCUGCAGGUGAUGCUGAGGCAAGCUAAUGACCAGCUGGAAAAGACAAUGAAAGAUAAACAGGAGUUGGAGGAUUACAUGAAACAAAGUGCUGAAGACUCUUCUAAUCAGAUCUCCUUGCUCAUGGCCAAGUGUCAGAAGUCAGAGAAUUUCCUCAGUGAGCUGCAGCAGGCAUUUCUGCAAGCCAAGAGAAGUGUCCAGGAGCAAAUGGCUGUCCUGACACAGUCACGGGAGCAGGUCUCAGAAGAGUUGGUGAGACUGCAAAAAGAUAAUGAAAGUCUGCAAGGAAAACACAGCUUGCAUGUGUCCUUACAGCAGGCUGAAGAUUUCAUUCUACCAGAAGCAACAGAGGAGCUCCGGGAGCUGAUCCUCAAGUACCGGGAGGACAUCAUCAGUGUGAGGACAGCAGCAGAUCACCUCGAGGAGAAGCUGAAGGCAGAGAUCCUCUUCUUGAAGGAACAGAUCCAAGCUGAACAAUAUUUGAAAGAAAAUAUAGAAGAAACUCUACAGCUGGAAAUAGAGAAUUGCAAAGAGGAAAUAGCUUCCAUUUCCAGUUUAAAAGCUGAACUGGAAAGAAUAAAAGUGGAAAAGGAACAGUUGGAAAGUUCUUCACAGGAAAACCUGCAGCAGCUGGAGAGUCUGCAGGAGGCAAAGAAUGCUCUAGAAGAACAGCUGAAGAAGGAGACUGCAGCAAAGGCCAACCUUGAGCAGCUGGUGUUUGAAGAGAAGAACAAAGCCCAGCGGUUGCAGACUGAGUUGGAUGUCAGUGAGCAAGUGCAGAGAGACUUUGUAAAGCUUUCUCAGACACUUCAGGUGCAGCUGGAGAGGAUCCGGCAGGCAGAUUCCCUGGAGAGGAUCCGUGCAAUCCUGAACGACACAAAACUGACGGACAUUAAUCAGCUCCCUGAAACAUGACACCCUGAUGGGCUCCGAGGCUGUGGCUGGGGUUUUUAACUCAUCUUUAUAGCAACAUUAAUUAUUAUUUAACUCUAACCGAGAGAGCAGAAGACAACAGAGGGGAGCAAUGACUUAAGUUUUGUUUCUAGAGGGGAAAAAGGUUUCGUACUGGGCAGGAAGAGAGCACAAGGGUGACUUGUAGUGUAGGAAGGAGAAUUUCUAAUGGAAACACUAAUGAGUGCAGUGUUUCGUGUUCCACGGAGUGGGAUCAGUCCUUACAUUCUGAAAAACUUCCCUCUUUCAGCCGACUUCGUAACCUAAUAUAGAGUUUUGGAACAUAUACCCCUGUCUUUCCCUCUGUUCUUUCCCCCACUACUGUGAUCAAAGUAGCUGCUGGAAACUAUUGUCCCUCCAAAACGUUGAAGAGCAAAGUGGUUGAAGUUUUUCUGUUUGAAUAGUCAGUAACAGUAUUCACUAGCAGAGAGAAUGAGGUGUAGAGUAUGCUGUAUGAAUAUUUUAUAUUAAAAUAUGACUUUAUUAGCAGGACACUGGAUAUUGAUCUUAUUUCAUAACUCAGUACUUUUUUUUAAAAAACCAUUGGCUCUGUGAAGAAUCUGAAUGCUGCUGAAAUGUGGAUAUGAGUGAGCUGUGUAUCUCCUGAACAGAUAGAAGCUAAUCCAAAAGAAAAAGAACACUGUACUGAGAAUUUAACUCCUUGCCAUUUUUCUGUUGAAUUCAGAUACGGAAAGAAAAGCACAAGAAAUGCACUGUUUUGUAAUCUCUUUUCACAAAUGUAAUUUAGAAUAUGGAGCUACAACCGGUUGUUUCUCAUCUCCUAAAGCUGAGCAGUGCCUGGAAUCCCUUCUCUGUGGAAAGAAAAAAAAACCAACAAAAAACCAAAAAAA